AAAGCUUGCAAACUUCACGCACGUAACCUGCGCUGGACAUCGACUCGCUCGUAUCUAACUCAGGGAAAAUGUAUAUUGAUUUUUCAAAGAAAACUCAACCGAUGUAACAAAACACCGUUCGCGGAGUGUUUAUACGCGUAUUAAAACGUCGCGGUCGAUGUGUUGUAUCGCCGAGAUGGUGCGACGGUGUAUCUCGGCGUGUUUUAAGUGAGAUCAUAGUGUGUUGCGUCGCUAGGCCGUUUGCCCGGAGCCUGGCUGCGGCCAGGGCCUGGGCGCGCCAUGGACGCCGCUGACCCGCUGCGAACGGCUAGGCAGUUAGGCCGUGAUUUGUGCUGAAUUCGCGAAUCGUCAAGAUAUUGGAUACUGCAGUGAGCAUAAAAGUGUAUGUAAGAACACAAGUUUUAUAGAUACUUUGUUGAUAGUGUGUAAAAUGUGUUUGCUAAAUACAAACUGUGUUACCAAGGACAGUACAUAAUCUUUGUUUCAACUGUCUAUCAAAUGCAGCAGUUCCACAUUAAUUGGGAGGACGGCGAGGAGAAGCCGAAAGCGGCGGAGAGUCAGGACGAUGGCUACGAGACGAGCAAUAGCGGCGAGGCGCGGCGGAAGCCCUCCAGCGCUGAGGGUUCACCCGCGCCCGUCCCCCCCCGCACCCCACCGCCCGAACCGCCUUUCGAGCCCCUUUUACAACGGCCCUUCCCCUCCCCCUACCGCCAUUUUGAACCUCCAGCCCCGCCACCUCAUCACGACCCGGAACCAUACCAGCACUUCCCCUUUCCAAAGUACAACCAAGACGCGUACUUCAAACGAGAACCAGAGGCGCCGUAUGACAUGAGCCAACAAAUGCCACAUCAGUUCGGUAAACGCAGUGAGGACUUAUACAAUGGUAUCAAGCAAGAGUGCGAGGACCCUUACUCAUUUGUGGAGGACGAUGCUAUGUGUGCCAUGUUGGGACAGCAGCAUCAUAUGCCGCCGCAUAUGCAACAUCACGAACACCUCCCGCAUCAGCAUCCCCAUAUGCAGAUGCACCCGCAGCAGAUGAUGCUGAAUCAACCGAAGAAACGGGGACGAAAGAAGAAAAUUAAAGAUGAAAAUGGUAUGGAAAUCAAAACGGAAGGCUUAGAGGGCGCAUUAAUACCAAGACCAGUGAAGGAAAGGAAAAAGCACGACAGAUUCAAUGGAAUGAGCGAAGAGGAGGUGUCAAGGCGGACGCUGCCCGAUCACUUAGCGGAGAACCUCGACAUCAUCAUUAUUGGUAUUAACCCGGGUCUGUUUGCGGCGUACAAGGGUCAUCAUUACGCGGGUCCGGGAAACCACUUUUGGAAAUGUCUGUACCUCUCCGGGCUUACGAGGGAACAGAUGAGCGCUGAUGAGGAUUACAAGUUACUGAACUUCGGCAUCGGUUUCACGAAUAUGGUGGCGAGACCGACGAAGGGUUCAGCGGAUUUAACGCGACGUGAGAUUAAGGAAGGCUCGGCGAUACUGUUGGAGAAGUUGCAGACAUUUCGGCCGAAAGUCGCCGUGUUUAAUGGGAAGCUGAUAUAUGAAGUUUUUUCUGGGAAAAAGGACUUUUGCUUCGGGAAACAACCCGAUACGAUCGCUGGAACGAAUACGUAUAUGUGGGUGAUGCCGUCAUCAUCAGCUAGAUGCGCUCAACUGCCGAGAGCAGCGGAUAAAGUACCAUUUUACGCGGCGCUCAAAAAGUUCCGGGACUACUUGAACGGUUUAGUAGCACACGUGGAUGAGGCGGAACUGGUCUUUCCGGAUAAUACGAGUAGACGCCCGCAGGAGGAGAUGGAGAUUCGCAGCACGUCCAUCCACAGGCUGACGAUGGAGCCGGAACCGGGCGACACGAUCAUACUAGAAGAUGGAACAGAAGUUCCUCUGAAAAAGAAGAGAGGGAGACCGAAGAAGAUUAAGUUGGAGAAUGGGGAAACUGCGCCGCCAACUCCGAGGGCACCGAGGCAGCCACGCGCCCCGCCCAACUUAGAUCCGAACGCCGAACAACCGCCCAAAAAGAAGAGAGGCAGACCGAAGAAAAUAAGGCCGGAAGAGCAACAGUUUUUGAUGCAGCAACAGCAACAACCGCCGCAGCCACAGGUGAGCUCAGAUCCAAAUACGAUGCUCCAGCCUCAAUUGUCAUCAAUGUCAUCAUUACCGCACGAGCAGUUCAUGGGUCACGGUGACUUUCCUUCGCAAAUGCCAUCUCCGCUCCAGCAAGGGAUGCUGUAUCAGCACCACCAGCAACACCAACAGAUGCCUGAUGGAUCGCCGUAUUAUCAGCCUAAUAAUGGCGGUGGUAUGGACUCCCCACUAGACGUAUCUGGGUCCCUGGGACUGGGCCGUGCCGGGUACGUGUCCCCUCGCGGGGUGUACGCGUCCCCACGGUCGCAGCCCUACUCGCCGACACCUCAACGGUUAGCCGCAACUCCACAGCCGCAGGGGCAGGGACAACAGUUCCCCUCGAGUCCCGCGGCCUUUUCGGCUCCGUCUCCGCCGCGGGGGUCGUUCGGCUCCCCCGGCGUGCGAGUGGGGGGCACUUUUGCCGCGCGCUCGCCCCUCUACGCUAGUUCUCCCUCGUAUCAGCAGCCGAGCCCAGCGCCGCAAACGCAGCCGAGGUUCGCGCACGAGCAGAUGGCGUAUGGCCGGGAUCCUGGUGCACAGUCGCAAACCGUCCCCUACUCGCAGUCCCCCGUGCCGGCGGUGGGAGUGAUGUCAGGGGGCAAUAGUACCCCGUUCCCCGCGGCUUCCCCGGCGGGUGGUACGCUGCACUCGUACACGCCCUCGCCGGCGCACACGCCCUACAGCCACCACUCGUCGCCCGCCGCCCCCGCGCCCCUGACGCCCGCCUACACCGAGUCGCAUCACUUCGCACAGGGUGGAGGAUCAAACGGUGGUUCGGGUUCAUACGGUGGUGAAUUAUCACAUGAGAUCGGCGCAGCGAUAUCCUCCCCUGGCGUUGUUUCCCCCGGGAUGGCAACUCUAGACUUUGAGCCGCCCCGGGAUGACGCAAGCCCCAUGGGAAGCACGGAUAUGCAUCCGGGAAGCAAUAGUAAUUCAUCCCUGUCCGAUUAUAAUAAGCAACCCAGCGCAAGCGGGGCGGAAGUGUCCCCUGGGCCCGGGGCCUCCUCUGGGGCCUUUAGCAACAUGUACGAGAGGGAGAUGCCCUAUGACGCAGACAAGCCGCACGACUACCACUAUGCGCAGGAGCAAAGUAACGGUGUCCCAGAGAGUCCGCGGUUAGACCAGUUACAUCAGCAUCCUUCCAUGUUCCCUAGUAAUUUCAAUCGAUCGACUCCCCCGGUGGGCGAAGAAACUGCUUUCUCUCCAAUGGCGUCUACAGCCUUCAGACCUGCUGAGCAUCAUCAUCCGCCUGGUUCUCCAGCCGAAUACGGUGGUAACGAAAGCGGACCUGGCACACCGAAGCCCAAAAAUCAAGAUGUCUCAGCCAAAAGUCUUUCAGGGUUGGAAUCCCUGGUGGACCAGAUACCCUCAAUCGCGGAGGGGGGCAAUGGUGGAGGGGCGACGGGGGGCACAACGGAGCCCCCGGCUCCUGCGGUCCCCGCUUUGCCUGACUACACUCCGGCGCUCUAUCCCCCCUAUCCGGCGUAUGGCACGCCGGCUUAUGGCAAUAAUGGCUACGGUGGUCCAUUUGUGGGCUACGGCGGUGGAUGGGGCACCCAGCUGAUGCGGCCUGCCCCGGGCUACCUCCCGGACUGGCAGUAUGGCUACGCCCCUGGGUAUGCGCCCUACAACACGCCCUACUACAACGGAUAUGCAGGACCGCCUCCUGCACACCAUCAGCAGGCCCACUACCUAUCAGCGAGUCCACUUCUAGACUUGCACAAGAACGCGGAGUCGUCUGUGCCCUCAGUCCCGUCGGUGCCCUCUGUCGGUUUCGGCGGCUUCUGUUAGUGAAUCUCUGCCCUCCACAGUGCAAACAGUUGCUCACCAAUAUACCUGCCAGUGUAUUGAAGUAAAUGUGAAUCUGUAGAAGUAUUCCUGGUAAAAGCAAGCUCUUCAUGCUGGUUUGAAAAAACAUUUGUACAGUCUCAAAAAUUGUAACAAAUUUAUUGUGAUUUUUUUACUCGUGUAUCAAAUCAUAUCGCUUAACGAGGCGUUUUUGAAUGAGCAACUGUUUAAUCUGUGCUAGUGUGAUCGCCCCCCUUCGAACUGAUGAGCUUAAUUUGUAUCCUUUAUUUGUAAAUAUUGUAUGUAUUUAUUUUGGUGCAUCACACCUCGGAACGCUAGGCAUCACAUUAGUUUCGAGAAGGCCCGUAUUUCUAAACGUGAUUGACUCACGUUUGCCGAUACGGCCCUAGGAAUUUUUACUUAAGGGUUUUUUGAUUACGACUCGCGCGGGGACGUCGAGUACUUAAUUUAGUGGAAAUGUCGCCGAUAGAUGGAGCCGUUCUAAAGUAAUAUUUCGUUUUUAAAUGUACAUGAAUUUUUAAUAGCGCCAUCUAUCGACGGUCUUGGUUCCAAAUUGGAAAUUUAGUGGUGGUAUCUCUUGCCAAUGUUUGUCGCGUUCUAGUCACUUUGAUUCGUGUCGGCUAGUCAAAUUUAACUGAAGUUUGCGACCCCGCGCGUGGCGCUACGGAAUUUUUUAUCUAAGUCACAAGAGCGGCCUAUGAAAAUUUAUUUUUAGUUACGUGGAGUUGGUAUUUACAAAUUUAAGCAUUUUAUACAGUUAUUAAGUGACUGAUCGGUCAUCUUUUCUUAAAGGCAAUCGUAAAUCAACUUAUAAACGUUGCUCAGCUAUUGGUCUAAAAUGGAGAGCCUUUUAGUUGAGCGAAGUUUAUAAGUGAGAUUAAAUAAUACACACAAAUGAGUAUGUGUAUUAUUAUAAUGUCUCGCUCAUUUUUAUGUUAACUGUCAGUGUCAACUGUCAUCGUGCAUUUUAAUGUUACCCACAUUUUGCUAUUAAGAUUUGCGGAUUUUAAUAUCAAAUAGCUUCGGAUCGCUAGUGACUAGCAUAAUUUUACAUUAAAAAUCUAUAUUUUAUUAUUCGUGCGCCAUUUUACUCGUAAGGAUAUGUUGUACGACUGUUUACUUAUAGAUUUAUUUUCGAGUUAAUGCAUAAUUUAGGGUGCUGUGGGUUUUUUGUUAACGCUAAAGGUGGGCGGGGAUUUAGUCACACGCCAGUGUUGCCAUUUUUUAUUCUUUAAAUCUCCGCGCAUUUCUAGUUCACUAUUUCCUUGUCUUUAGUACGUUUUUUUCGUGUCACCGUUUGAAUGGGGUAUGGUGUUAUAGCAAUCUUGUACAAAAUUUCUUUUUGCACAAAAAUAAGUUAGGUAAAAACGAAAACAUACGUAAUAAAGACAUAUACGUUUAAAGCUAGGUUUACAUGAAAGAAUUUAUAUAUUUUAGUGAUGGAAGUCGCGUGGACGGUCGCAAGCCGUCGGUUUGUGCUCAAUGCGUCGCGGGUGUGGCGAUGCCUAUCGGGGCGGUGUUAGAAGCGAAUUAAAUAAAUAAAAUUCACGGACUAAUUAAACGCGCUAUUGGCCGAUUCGUAUACGUAUGACUGGAUUUUUUGAUUCCAAAACGGCAUAAUACCAAAAAUAAUAAAACGUUCUAUAGACAAAUAACUAGACCGCUAUAGUAUUUGACAGCUCACGCGUGCUCACGUGACUAUUUUGACGGGCGAUGGCGGGUCACGCCUGUCUCGAAGUGUAUUUGUCUUUGGUAGAUUCAAGGGUUAGAUUCUGGUUCAUGUGUAUGAACCAUCAACACAUUGGAUUUUAACAUAUGGGAGAAAUAUUCUUACUAAUGACUCUUGUCUUAGUUUUUCUAAUAUCUGUGGACAUUAUUUAUUAAUUGCUCCAACUAUCCCUUACGAUUUGUCAAGUAUCAAGAUCGAUUUUUAGCUUUUCCAUACAAAAAUGUAUUAAGGGUAGUAAAUGAUAUGCCGAGAACGUAAUUGGUUUUAAUACCGCCUCUUUCGAGUCCUAUACGACUUUUGAUAAGAACAAAGAGAUGACGUAAGUAGGUUAGCGAGUAGUGGCGUGUAGCGUAAGGUUUUGCAUAUUUUCACUUGUGAUAUUGUAUGGGGAGUGUUGAGCCCUCUUUGUUCCUAUUAGAACACCAUGUAUAUAUAUUAGGUAUUUAUUUCGUGAAAUUCUCGUUUGGCGCAUCGCCGCACUGUUACGCAUCUAUUUAUUCAAAUUUCGGUCAAAUUGUUUUAAAAAUGUAAACAACAGGGUAUUUAAGAUUGCUUAAGAGUUUUAUUUAUUUUAGGUUUCGCCUCGCGCUUACUUUACCGUACUUAUUUUUUUAAGUGUUCGCCUCCGACAAUGUAAAAUCAAUUUGUGAUAUUUAUAUUAACUGCCAAAAGUUUUGUUUUGUGACUUUUGUCAUGUCGGUUGGGACGUUUUCGUUAUGAAGACGCCUCAUGUAAAUAUGAGUGCUUUUUUUACUUCUUACAUUAUGCGUAAUUCUUUUUUGUACAUAUAUUUUUUUUCAGUACUUAACUUUCUAGUUUCGUGUCGGUUACGCUGAAUACGAUUUACCAAUGUCCCAUUUAAAUUAUUAUCACCAUUAUUGGAGUAUAUGACGCAGGCAAUGCAGCGAUGCAACAGCAUUUAGGUAACCGACACUGCUUCUUGGCCUAUUCUCGAAUAAGUUGUGAUCGUAUUGUGUUCCAGUCUCGAAUAUUAGUGUGCAAUGUGAAUCGAUGACCGCUUGUAUUGAACCGUUCGGCGACAAUCGUUCGCUGACUUUGCCGUGUCAGGAGUAAUCUAAGUCUAGUUCUAAGUCUCUAUCAACGAGUUAGUUUAAGUGCGCAGCGUUACGUGCGCGCACGCAUUGUCGUACGUAAAGCGCUGUGUGCGCGUACGUUGGAAGUACGUAUGCGUGCGUAACGGUGUAUCUACUCUCUCUAAGUGCUACGGUACGUUGCGCAGACGACUACUUUGAUACCGGGCAACGCCUGCGCAACUAAUCAUUGUUAGGGUUGACCAGUGCAUUGAGUCGCUCAACUAUUUGUACAGCAUGUAUAUUUUUGUAAAAUUUCAACUCUUCGUGGCAAUAUCAAAUUUUAAAAACUCUUAUUGAUAACUAGUACAAUUGUUAUACAGUUUUUGUUUUUUAGAGAUUUUGUUUUGACGCUGUCGGUGAUAAGACUGACUCAUUUUGAUAGUUGCACGACUCACGCUAUCGCACUGUCAAAGUCUUUAUUCGGGACAGUUCAUGUCGCCAUACUUGACCCUUAGGGCCAUACUUAAACAUUAAAUAAAGCGACAAAAAUUUUUAAGAAACGUUUGGACUGAACAUACUUGGUACGACUGUCAAAAGUAAUUUCAAUAGAACAUCCAAAUGGAUAGAUGUUGGAAGAUGUAUAUUUUUAUAACCAUACGUCUCGAGAAGGUUAUCUUUGAUUAUUGUUUGAGUAUUUGGUCAUGAAUAAUACAAGACAUGCUGCACCCGAAUUUGGGCUCCUGUUGCGCGCGGUGUAAUCCGAUUUUUCUAAGUAAAUAAACCUUCGAAAUAAAAUGUAGUAGAAACCGUUUUAAUUACUUUGUACACCGCGUGUAGCCACUCUUUUUCUUGUUAAGCCUUGGAUUGCAGACGCGGGCUUAGCGGGGCGUGCCGGCUAAGCCAACGAAUGUAAGGCAGGCGCAAGGGCGUACGACGUAUCGCCAAUUGGUUGUGAAUAUUCGCUUGUCGCCCGUCAGCCUCAUCAACACAGUAUUGCCGACCGCAGGAACUCGUAAGCAAUAAUAAUAGAUGUAUAGAGCAAUAAAUACAAUGUUUUCGUUGCCCUUUCGGUGUUGAAAACUGUCUGUGAAUAUUAUGAAAGUUACCCGCGACAGCGCGUACAGAGUUCCGAAAGGCGAAUAUCGAAUCUAGCUCAAUUUUUUCAUAAUUGUAAUUUAUUCGCUUGUUGUUUGCCGUUUCGAUUUGUUCUUGGCUGGUUUUAGAUAAUACAAUAGCGGUAAUUCGUGGAAUUUUAAGAGUUGAUAGAAUUGAUAAUUUGUAGUUGCUGGUCUCCAGCCUCCAAGCUGCAUAGUACUCAAACGACUCGCAUUUUUAAAUAACGGUGCUUAUUUCUCGUGUCUCAUAUGUUUGUUUCGGCGCGACGCGUCGUGGACGGCUGGCAUAUCAGCUAUCGAGAGUAACGUGUUAACAUUAGUCAAUUAUUUUGAUUCGGUCCCGCUUCGGCGCGUCGCGUCACGUUAUAAAGUACAAUUUAUCUUUAUCUUUAAUUAAUUAUAGUACAUAAACUGUUGAGCUAUGUCGCAAGUUCUCGUCAGCCGAUUGAGUGUCCGUUUAUAUAAUACUUACGCUAGAUGUAACGAUUAAUAAUGUUUGUACAGUUUUUAUCGAUACUUCUCGUAGCGUACUAAGCAAGAAAUAUUUUAGUAUAUAUUUAAAAUCUAAUCGAAUUACAUUUUAGUGUAUAAAAUUGCUCGAGUUUUUCAAAUUGUGUUUUUUCAACUUUGUAUUGUCCUAACGGUUUUAUUUAUCAUCUGAAAACGAUCCGUAUGUAAUUAGAAAUUUAACUGGAAGAAUUUUAAAUAAAUUAAUACUACAUUAAUAUUAUUUAAGUAAUGUAUUAUAAAAUAGGAAUAAGGUAAAAAGUUAUUAACAUUGUAUGGAAAAUUGUGACAAAAUUAUAGUCAUUUGUAAUAUUAA